AUGGCAGCUGCAGUAGUUGUAUCUUUAGGUGUUUCAAUAGUUUCGCUUGCCGUAGCUCUUGGCAACAAUAUUGUUAAACAAAAUCAAGAUAAACAAAAUCAAGAACAUGUUUUAAUUCAUGAUGAUUCUGGAUGGAAAAACCUUAAUCCAUAUGAAUGUGUCGUUUUUAGCUUCAGACCAAAUAUUUGGGGAACAACCCAUUUUUGGUGUACAGUAAAAUCUCAAGGCAUUCAUAAAACAUUUCCAUUAUAUGGCGAAG